AUGGAUUUUUCAGAAAUAUUAAAAGAUAUUCAACAAACUACUUCAGAAGAAAUUAAUUUUUCACCACCACCCUAUUUGGAAGAAGAAGAUUUCCAAAUUAAAUUUUCUGCAACGUUAAAAAGUAUAACAAAGUCAAUCUGUUUAAAAAACACACAAUUGGCAAUGAUUAACUCUUUUUAUUUGGAACAACUUCUAGACCAACUAUCAACUUCUAGUGAACAAUUAAGAUACAAGCAUAAAAUGUCAUUACAUUAUGCAACAAUUAUAAAAAAGACUUUUAAUAUUUUUGAGUUUUUUUCAGAACAAAUCUUAAGAAUGAAGAAACUAGAUAUCCAGACUAUUAGAAAAAUUACCAGAUCUCAGAUAAGAAGACUUAGAAAUAAUUUAUUGAUUUUUGCAGAAGCUGCAAAUUAA